CAGUCCGCCCCCUCCCCCGCUGGCGGGGCCCGGACAGAAGAUGGUGCAGAAGAAAACAGCCGAACUUCAGGGCUUCCACUGUUCGUUCAAGGGGCAGAACCCUUUCGAGCUGGCCUUCUCCCUAGACCAGGCCCAGCACGGGGACUCGGACUGCAGCCUGCAGUGCUCGGCUCGCCCUGACAUGCCCGCCAGAUGUGUACCGGCUGCACGAGGACGUGCUAGGGGAGGGGGCCCACGCCCGCGUGCAGACCUGCGUCAGCCUCAUCACCAACCAGGAGUACGCCGUCAAGAUCAUCGAGAAGCAGCCCGGCCACAUUCGGAGCAGGGUUUUCCGGGAGGUGGAGAUGCUGUACCAGUGCCAGGGACACAGGAACGUCCUGGAGCUGAUCGAGUUCUUCGAGGAGGAGGACCGCUUCUACCUGGUGUUCGAGAAGAUGCGAGGGGGCUCCAUCCUGAGUCACAUCCAUAAGCGACGACACUUCAACGAGCUGGAGGCCAGCGUGGUGGUGCAGGACGUGGCCAGCGCCCUGGACUUCCUGCACAACAAAGGCAUCGCCCACAGGGACCUGAAGCCGGAGAACAUCCUGUGUGAGCACCCCAACCAGGUCUCCCCCGUGAAGAUCUGCGACUUCGACCUGGGCAGCGGCAUCAAGCUCAACGGGGACUGCUCCCCCAUCUCCACCCCGGAGCUGCUCACCCCGUGCGGCUCCGCGGAGUACAUGGCCCCCGAGGUGGUGGAGGCCUUCAGCGAGGAGGCCAGCAUCUACGACAAGCGCUGCGACCUGUGGAGCCUGGGCGUCAUCCUCUACAUCCUGCUGAGCGGCUACCCGCCCUUCGUGGGCCGCUGCGGCAGCGACUGCGGCUGGGACCGCGGCGAGGCCUGCCCCGCCUGCCAGAACAUGCUGUUUGAGAGCAUCCAGGAAGGCAAGUACGAGUUCCCCGACAAGGACUGGGCCCACAUCUCCUUUGCUGCCAAAGACCUCAUCUCCAAGCUGCUGGUGCGAGACGCCAAGCAGAGGCUGAGCGCCGCCCAGGUCCUGCAGCACCCCUGGGUGCAGGGGCCCCUCCUCAUCCGAGCUACCUCACGCUGCCCGCAGCUCUCCCCGCCCUCCGAGUCGGCGCUGGCCCAGCGGCGCCAGAGGGCCAGCCUGUCCGCGGCGCCCGUGGUCCUCGUGGGCGACCGCGCGUGACCCGGCUGCCCCCGUGUACAUAGUCGCCCUCCCCGCUCUGGUUUUAAGCUAUUGCCAACCUGACCAGCCGCCGCCCUCUCCCCGGGCUGGGCGCGCAGUGGGCGGCUUUUACGGAAGGUUGUGCUGUUAGGUCCCCUCCGGUUCCCCUUCUAAAGGCGUUCAGGCAGAGCGAGCAGGGCGAGGGGUGGGCGAGGGCGCCCGGCUUGCACGCCCGUCUCAGGACAGCCGUCUUCCAGCGCUAGUGUUUCAGGGAUGGCGCCCCCAUGAGGCCCCGCGGGCUCGGCGGGG